AUGCUCGACGGAGCGCCCACGAAGAAGCCCAGGCUAUGCUCCGCCGGGGACACGUCCGGGUCCGGAGGCGGCGCGGCCCCGGAGGACCGCCUCAGCGCGCUCCCGGACGCGAUGCUGCACCACGUCAUGUCGUUCCUGCGGGCGUGGGAGGUGGCGCGCACCUGCGUGCUCUCGCGCCGCUGGCGCCACCUCUGGGCCUCUGCGCCCUGCGUCGACCUCCGCAUCUGGCGCCUCGGCCGCCACCGGUGGCCCCCCGAGGAGUUCGCCAAGUUCUCCUACCGCUUCUUGCUCGAGCGGGACGCGUCCGCGCCCGUGGACACGCUCCGGCUGCUCUCGAGCCCCGGUUGCGCAGGCGGCCGGAACGAUUACGGGAGCCCCAUUUCUGUAGGAGGGAAGGAUUACUUCAGUGAUGAUGUUGAUAUGUGGAUCCAUUCCGCUAUCAAGCGUAGAGCCCGCGUCAUCCAGCUCGUCGGGCACCCAGAGGACGAAUCCUACACUGAUUUCCGGCGCGUCAACAUCGUGUCCUGCCACCUGAAAGUCCUGAUGCUAUCGGAGUCGUUUUUGAGUGACAGGACGCUAAGACAGCUCUCUUCUCGGUGCCCUUCUUUGGAAGUCCUGGAUCUCAAAAAGUGCUAUCUGGAAGGCCGUGAGAUAUCAUCUGCCUCGCUCAGGAGCUUAACCAUUGACGAAUGGAGUAUAAUAUCGAUACAAGGAUGAGUUUGAUCAAAACGAAAGUUGAGAGACUGUAUUGGCAGUUUGAAAGGGAUGAAGUUAACCUUCGGAUUAAAGUUAAGGAACCAAAUAUGCCUAUUUUGAAAAGAAAAAAAAAGAUACGAUAGAGAACCAGUGGUGAGACUCAUUGUAGACGAGGAGGGAGGACAGGAUUGGGCAAGGGCACGGUGAAGCUCGUCUUGGUAAGGCCAGGGUGAGACGGGGAAGGGGUCUAGAGCAUUACCGGUGUCCGAGGAGGCGAAGAGAAGCUAGCGACGUGUCGGUAACACUGUGUGCCUGGGGAUGGUGGCCUCCAGCA